UCUGAAGUUUGAAUCCAGGCAUGGAAUCCAACUCUCCACGCUCUCAACUCCUCCCCCAACCACUACAACCUAUCACUACCUUCACCUCCGCUGGCACUGCCACCAAAAUUCCGAAGAAACUUGCGUUACUCCCACUCGUUUUCCUCAUAUUUUUUGAGGUAUCCGGUGGGCCAUAUGGUGCAGAAUCCACCGUCGGCUCUGCAGGGCCACUUUGGGCUAUAUUGGGCUUCCUCGUUUUUCCCUUUAUCUGGAGCAUCCCUGAGGCUCUUAUCACUGCCGAGCUCACCACUGUCUUCCCCGGCAACGGGAGCUUUGUCAUCUGGGCUGAUCAGGCUUUUGGGCCCUUCUGGGGUUCGAUGAUGGGCUCGUGGAAGUUCCUUACUGGUGUCCUGAACUUGGCCUCGUUCCCAGUUCUCUUCAUAGAUUAUCUCAAGCUGGUGAUUCCAAUUUUCUCUUCUGGUUUUCCUCGCUAUGUUGCAGUAAUAAUCUUAACUUUGAUGCUGUCAUUUCUAAACUACACAGGCUUGGCUAUAGUUGGAUACACAGCAGUGACUUUGGGCGUUGUAUCACUCUCGCCAUUCGUACUACUGACUCUGUUUUCAAUCCCCAAGAUCAAUCCUUCAAGGUGGAUCAGUUUAGGUGAAAAAGCUGUCCAAAAAGAUUGGACUUUGUAUUUCAAUACUCUGUUUUGGAACUUAAAUUUCUGGGAUAGUGCUAGUACUUUAGCAGGGGAAGUUGAGGAUCCUCAGAGAACUUUUCCAAAAGCACUUUUUGCUGCUGGAUUUGUUACUUGUUUGAGCUAUUUACUGCCUCUUUUAGCUGCUACUGGGGCUAUACCCCUAAAACAAGAAGAUUGGAUUAAUGGGUCUUUUGCUGAUUUUGGCGAAGUGAUUGCAGGGAAAUGGCUGAAGAUUUGGAUUGAAAUCGGUGCAUGUUUGUCAGUUGUUGGACUUUACGAAGCUCAAUUAAGCAGCUGUGUAUACCAAGUUCUGGGCAUGGCUGAGUUUGGAUUCUUGCCUGUGUUUUGGGGAAUGAGAUCAAGGUGGUUCAACACGCCUUGGGUUGGAAUUUUGGUCUCAACGAUAAUAGCACUAGCAGGUUCUUGUUUGGAUUUUACUGAUAUAAUUUCUUCAGUGAAUUUCUUGUAUUGCUUGGGUAUGUUAUUGGAAUUUGCAACAUUCUUAUGGUUGAGAAAAAAAUUGCCAAAUAUAAAGAGGCCAUUUAGAGUGCCAAUGGGGUCGCCUGGUUUGGUAAUAAUGUGCUUGAUUCCAUGUGGGUUUCUGGUGUAUGUGAUGGCUGUGGCAACCACAACUGUGUAUUUGGUGAGUGCCAUUUUAACUUUUCUGAGUAUUGUUUGGUAUUUUUUGAUCAAUUUAUGCAGAUCAAAGAUGUGGGUUCAGUUUAACGAUGUGGGAGGACAAUUACAGUAUGAGGACUAGUUCUUGGCUAGCUUUUCUAGGAUUAAAUUACAUAAAUCUUGUUAUGGAUAUUUGUUUUUAAUUGUUAAAUGAUACAGAUUACUUCCCAUUUUCA